GAAAACCCCCUCCCCCCUCCCUCUUUUCCCCUCCCCACCUCUCUUUUUAUUCCCCCAGCCCAUUCACAGUCUCCCAUCGCUCUCUCUCUCUUUCUAUUCCUCCGUCCCUCCUUUCCUCCUUUACUACUGGCGUCUGAGAGGCUGUUGUUCUGUGUGUCUUGCUCAUGAAGGGCCGCAACAAGCUCCCUUCGCUCUGCUCGUGUGUGAAGUACCGGUACCAGGAUGAGGAGACACCCCCCUUGGAGCACAGUCCAGCCCAUUUGGGUCAAGGGAAAAGCGCUGAGAUGCUUCACAUGAGCGAUAAGAACCUCGCCGCCAUGGAGGCAAUGCAUGGCUACACUCCGCACACACACAUCUCCCCUAUCAAGCCGGUGUUGAUGUCGUCAGGCCACACUCCUAUGUACACCUCUGCUGUUUCCACACUGGUAAAUUCUCCUCCAGUGAUGGUGAACACUGACACACUUGACGGCUCCCCCUACGUCAACGGGACUGAGGGGGAAAUUGAGUAUGAAGAGAUUACACUGGAAAGAGGUAACUCAGGCCUGGGCUUCAGUAUAGCUGGGGGGACAGAUAACCCUCAUGUUGGUGAUGACCCCAGCAUCUUCAUCACCAAGAUCAUCCCUGGAGGAGCUGCGGCCCAGGACGGACGACUGAGUGUGAAUGACAGUAUCCUGUUUGUAAAUGAUGUUGAUGUGAGGGAGGUGACCCACAGUUUGGCUGUAGAAGCUCUGAAGGAGGCGGGGGCCAUCGUCCGCCUCUACGUGCUGCGCAGGAAACCAGCCGCAGAGAAAGUUACAGAGAUCAAACUCAUCAAAGGGCCCAAAGGUUUAGGUUUCAGCAUCGCUGGAGGAGUGGGUAACCAGCACAUACCAGGAGACAACAGCAUCUAUGUCACUAAGAUCAUCGAGGGUGGAGCUGCUCACAAGGACCAGCGGCUGCAGAUAGGGGAUAAGAUACUGGCGGUGAACAGUGUGUGUCUGGAGGACGUGAUGCACGAGGAUGCAGUGGGAGCCCUGAAGAACACAGCUGAGGUGGUUUACCUUAGGGUGGCCAAGCCUAACAACCUCUACCUGAACUCCUACAACCCCCCUGACCUCACCAGCACAUACUCCCCUCACAUGGACACAGAUCUUGGCCCCACCUACCUUGGAUCGGAUUACCCACAAGCUCUCACUCCCACCUCGCCCAGUCGCUUCUCUCCAGUGUUGCACAGCUUGAUGGGGGAUGAAGACCUUCCCAGGGAGCCUAGGAGAGUGCUGAUCCACCGGGGUUCUACAGGCCUGGGUUUUAACAUUGUGGGAGGAGAGGAUGGAGAGGGAAUCUUUAUCUCCUUCAUCCUGGCAGGGGGGCCUGCCGACCUCAGCGGAGAGCUGCGCAAGGGCGACCAGAUCCUCAGCGUAAAUGGAGUGGACUUGCGUAUCGCCACCCAUGAGCAGGCUGCUGCAGCCCUGAAGAACGCUGGCCAGACUGUCACCAUCAUUGCCCAGUACAGACCAGAGGAAUACAGCCGUUUCGAAGCGAAGAUCCACGACCUGAGGGAACAGCUGAUGAACAGCAGCAUGGGAUCUGGUCAGACAACACUGAGGAGCAACCCCAAGAGAGGCUUCUACAUCAGGGCCCUGUUUGACUAUGAUAAGACAGCAGACUGUGGUUUCCUGAGCCAGGCGGUGGGCUUCAGGUUUGGUGACGUGCUCCAUGUCCUGGACUGUGGUGAUGAGGAGUGGUGGCAGGCCAGACGGGUCAGUCCUCCGACAGAAGCUGAGGAGGUCGGCUUUAUUCCCAGCAAACGCAGGGUAGAAAGGAAAGAGUGGUCUCGCAUGGGCACAAAAGAAAGGGAUCGCAGUCGAGACAGCCUCGGGUCUCAAGGGAGGGAUGAUUCUCAACACAGCUAUGAAACAGUCACACAAGUGGAGGUCCAUUAUGCGAGGCCCAUCAUAAUAUUGGGUCCUAUAAAGGACAGGGUAAAUGAUGACCUGCUGUCGGAGUUCCCUGACAAGUUUGGAUCUUGUGUCCCUCACACCACACGGCCCAAGCGUGAGUACGAGGUGGACGGGCGGGACUACCACUUUGUGUCGUCGCGGGAACAAAUGGAGAAGGACAUCCAGAGCCACCGUUUCAUCGAGGCGGGCCAGUACAACAGCCACCUGUACGGCACCAGCGUUCAGAGUGUUCGCCAGGUGGCAGAGCAGCAAGGAAAACACUGUAUACUGGACGUGUCGGCCAAUGCUGUCCGCAGACUACAGGCUGCUCAGCUUCACCCCGUUGCCAUCUUUGUCCGGCCCAAGUCACUGGAGAAUGUCCUAGAGAUCAACACUCGACUGACAGAAGAGCAGGCCAGAAAGGGCCUGGACCGUGCUCUCAAACUGGAACAGGACUUUCUAGAGUGUUUCUCAGCUGUGGUGGAAGGAGACAGCUUCGAGGAGGUUUACCACAAGGUGAAGACGGUGAUCGAGGAGCAGUCGGGGCCUUACAUCUGGAUCCCCACCCGGGAGAGGCUGUGAGACUGCCCCAUAACCCACCCCCAUCCCCCCAACCACCCUCAGACAGUCUGCCCUCCAGCCCGACCAGGGCAGACACAGAGAAAGACAGACAGAGGGACACGUGAAGAUAGAGACAGGAGGGGAAACAUAAUCACACAGAGAGAGAGAGAGACACAGAAUAAUACUAAAAGAGACACAUGAAUAGAAACACAGAGAGAUAGACAUGGACGGUAUUUAAUAAAUAUGAAUAUAUUAUCAAUGUGUGGUGAGUACUGAGAAAGACUGGACAGGGGUGACCCAGUUGGGUGUGGCAGGGCGGGGCAGGGGGCGUCCCUGAAUUAGCACAGGGUAAAUGAUCCACCAUCUCUCCCUCUCCUUCUCUCUGUCUCAUUGGCUGCCUUUGACAUCCCCGCCGACAAGGAGGGUCAAAACCAUCAACAUCCAUCUGAUCCUUCCUUUUUUAUAUCCCUUAGCCUCCUCUCCUCCUCCUGUCUCCCCUCUCCUUUCAGGACAUGAAAAGGAGGGAGAGAGGGAGAGAGAAGGAGAGUGCAUAGACUACGGAAGGACACACAGAUCCUAUUGGGUCCCUCUAAUCCAGAGGAGGCUCUUUUCUAGUGAAGAGGCUUUGCUCUAUGAACAACAUCCCACUAACCAAGACAGGCAUUUGCUCAAUCACCCACGAAAAGCAUUGCAAGAACAUUUUUAAAAAGCAGCACAAAUUAAAACUCAGAAGUUGAACUUGUGCAUGCGUCCUCAGAGGACUCAGAGAUGGGAGUUGAGGAAAAUGACGGAUAUUAUGAAGAACCUAUAGAGAAAAAGAAGAAGAAUGGCCACCCGUCUUUCUGUUUUUCCCUCCUUUUUGAUGGUGGGAGGUUUUUAGCAUGUCUCUACAGAGAGAGGAGCAGAGGGGUGCAGCCAGGGAAAGAGGGGGGUGUCUUUCUUGUGUGCAAACUCACUGUGGGCAUUGACAAUGGAAGACCUCACAGUAUAACCACUGGGUCUCUUCUGAUCCGCACACACAGUCAGCCAUACAGUAGUAACAUUCUAAUCCACCUGGCUGUUCUCCAAAAGCACUGGUUGUUCUGCCUGUUGGCAGCAGGCAGGUAGAUCCCAGGCUGAAUGUUCUCUUAAUGCACAACAACAGAAUUCUUAUGUUCAGCUCUUUAGUGUGAAGAGCACCGCAGCCAAUUCUCUGAUCACUCUUCCAAAAAGACCCCUCAACAACCCACACACAGUGUUCUCACUGGCCGCUCUGAGCAGUGGUGUGUGUGUGUGUGUGUGUGUGUGUGUGUGUGUGUGUGUGUGUGUGUGUCUCUUCCUCUUCCUCCCGACCACUCUUUCUCUGCCUCUUUCUUUCUCUCGCUCUAUGUUUCGUCACACAUGAAGGCUACGUAUAUAUAACACGUUUAACAGACAAAAUGGUCGAUAUAAAUAUAUAUUUUUAAUGACGAUUUCUAACAGGAGUUGGAGACUGUAAAAUGUAAAUCUCUACAACAAUUUUCCAUUGCUUUCUUUGGGUAAUGUUUCUCUUGUGUUUGGGGAUUUGUUUUGGUCAUUGACUUUUCUUGAUUUCCCCUCCACACAACACAGUCCUGACAAACAAACACACAAAGAAACACAUAAUAGCUGAACUAUACCUGAGAUAUACCUGAGCUAUAUCUGAGCUAUAUCUGAGCUAUACCUGAGCUAUACCUGAGCUAUACCUGAGCUAGACCUGAACUAUACCUGAACUAUACCUGAGAUAUACCUGAGAUAUAUCUGAGCUAUACCUGAGCUAUACCUGAGCUAUACCUGAGCUAGACCUGAACUAUACCUGAACUAUACCUGAGAUAUACCUGAGAUAUAUCUGAGCUAUACCUGAGCUAUACCUGAGAUAUACCUGAACUAUACCUGAACUAUACCUGAGAUAUACCUGAGAUAUAUCUGAGAUAUACCUGAGCUAUACCUGAACUAUACCUGAGCUAUACCUGAGCUAUACCUGAGAUAUACCUGAACUAUACCUGAACUAUACCUGAGAUAUAUCUGAGAUAUACCUGAACUAUACCUGAACUAUACCUGAGCUAUACCUGAGAUAUAUCUGAGCUAUAUCUGAGCUAUACCUGAGCUAUACCUGAGAUAUAUCUGAGCUAUACCUGAGAUAUACCUGAGCUAUACCUGAACUAUACCUGAGCUAUACCUGAGCUAUACCUGAGAUAUAUCUGAGCUAUACCUGAACUGUAACUGAACUAUAACUGAACUAUAACUGGACUAUAACUGAACUAUAACUGAACUGUAACUGGACUAUAACUGAGAUAUACCUGAACUAUACCUGAACUAUACCUGAACUAUAACUGGACUAUAACUGAACUAUAACUGAACUAUAACUGAACUAUAACUGAGAUGUAACUGAACUGUAACUGAGAUGUAACUGAACUAUAACUGAGAUGUAACUGAACUGUAACUGAGAUGUAACUGAGAUGUAACUGAGAUGUAACUGAGAUGUAACUGAGCCUCAAUUAUUUAUCUCCAGUUACACAUCUCACUUCCUGGUUGGAGGUGCAGUAUAUAAUACAGUAAUAUUGGAUGGGAUAAAAAAGAUGGUGUGUGUUGUAUGUGGGUGGUUGUGCAACUGUGAGUGUCUGUGUGUGUUCUUGCUUGUGUGUGUGAGUGCCAGGCUCUUGAGAUUUAGUGCAAUGGUGUAAUGAUGAUAUGCAAUGAGAGUGGGUUUGUGUGUCUUUAAAAUAUAUACAAGCCUAGUAAUAAUUUGCACUGAUAGCAUUAAUACAGGUAUUGAGUGAGUAUCAGACAGAAUACAACAUGAAUUCCAGGGGUUUACAGACACUAGUUUGCAUUUAUUUAAACAUUGUUUAGAACUUUUGAUUUGAUGUUUAAAAGAGUGAAGUUACAGGUGGAAAUGACCGUUCAUAUUUAUUGUUCCUUUAUUUUGGCUCACUUGCUUUCCCCAGUGAGAGAUGGAAAGUGUAAAAUGUUUUGGAUUGAUUAUUUAUUGUUAACUGCUCUCGCUCUUUCAGUUUUACUCACUUAGAAGUCUGUAUAUUUUUAUUGUAUACUUUUUUGUUGUUGCACAUUGUCAGUUUUGGGGGACUGGCCAGAACUAUUGUAAAUACAGAGAUGUUGGGGUCGUGUGGGGUGUGGGACUCUGGCCAUGCACACUGCUGAUUGGACAUUAGAGAAACCAUCAGAGCCUCAGCACUGGGACCUGAGCCCACAGCCCUGCAACAACCUCUAAUAAACAGGAACACGUCACUUUGGGUGGGUCACACACACACAUAUAUGCACACAGACAUGCACACACACACACAUGCAGACACACACACAAGAACAAACAUUCUACAUGAAUGGAAUAAUAUGCUAUCGAUUUGUUUAUUUGAAAAAUCUAAUGUAUUUCUUAUUCUCUGUUUGUCAUCCAUAUCAUAGUGUGAUACUCCUAAACAAAAUAUAUAUUCAUUUUUACUGAAAAGACUGAUGAUAAAUUACGACAAAGUCAACUGAUGCUGAAAAUAUGUUUAAAAUUAUUUAUCUUGCAAAAGAUAACAAUAUCAAGCAAACUAAUAUGUUUCAUUUCAGUGAAUUGCUUGUUGUAAAUGAGCUAUAAAAACAAUACAAUAAUUAAAAUAAGCUUUCUGA